CGGCGCUGGAGGACCUGAGGGAAGAGGGGUGCGCUGAAGUCUCACCCGCUUGGCAUCCGACUAGAAAGUGGGAGCGCGUCGGGCUCUUUAAAAAUUACAGACACUUCAGGGGAUGACUAGGUUUUAAAGAGAAGUUGUGUAGUUGUAUUUUAUCAGACUUUCCACAAAUGCGUGUGUACGUGUUGGAAUGAUGUGUGUCCUCUCUCUCCUGCACAAUAGUGGUUUCGUGGAGUAGAAAGGAGUCUGUGGGACCAAAAGGAAAAUAUUUCAUGAGUUGUGGAGAGAAAUGACCCCUCCCACUGCCUUCUCUGAGAAUGCGGGUGUUGGUGUGUCUGUGACUGUACUGCCCUCCCCUGUCACAUGGGAUUGGAUCCUUUUUGAAAUGAGUUCACUGCAUCCAAAAACUUCACAUCAGUAACUGCAAGUUGUGAGUCGCUUGGAAGGGGCUGGCCAGCGGCAGUAUCAAGUUAGAGUGUUAGGUGUCAGAUUCACCAUGGAGCCGGAACUGAUCUGAAAUCACAUCAGCCUGGGAUUGCAGAAACCAGGCCCCGCCUUAUAUAGUGCUAGGGUGCGACUUGCAAAAUCAGAGGAGGCCAGACCUGGAAGACAUGUUUGGGUUCAUCUGCUCCAACCUCCUUUUGCAGAUGGGAAAGCUGAGGCCCUAAGAGGAGCGGCCCAGGGUCUCAGUUGGCAACAAAGCUGAAGACUAAGAAUCCAGAUCUACUUACCCCAGUCUAAUUCUCCUCUGUCGUCCUCACCGUGACCCUACAUUCAGAAUGACUGAUAAUAUGUGUCGUGUAUGAAGACAUCAGGACAGAAUAUUUGAACUCAAGAUUUCUCUGACAAUCUGACCUACUGUUACACCAGCUUGCUAACUCGAUCCUGGGACAAGAGACAACGGGAAUGCCCUGUUGCUCCCUGAACUCAUAACUUUAACCUCUGGGUAAUGGCUGUUACCGCACUAUCUAGCAACAUAAAUUCAACAAGAUUCAAUAAAUAUGUAUUGAGCUCUGAUGCAGUGAUAAGAUUUGAGGAAACUAAUAAACAAGAUGGAAACAGCACCAGCCUUCCAGGACCACGUAAUCUAACAAAUGAUUCAGAUAAGUAAACUGACAGUAAAACAAAACGCCCAGAAAAACCCAGUAUGAUAACGCUGUAUUAGACGUAGAGUUUCAGCCACUGCCAACAUGAGUAGGAAAUGGGAACUGUAGGACUCUUUAAUCACCCCUUCCCAGGAGACCAAGAGACCCCCUCCCCAUGACCCAUGCUAUUAGUGGCAACUCGAGAAAGGAGAGGAUGGCUGUAGAAUCGAGCAGCGUUAGGAAGACCCUCAGGAAUGCAGGCUGUUAGGUGGCUGGGGGGUGGGAUAUUGCAAGGGGCUUUCAGGAGAGCAUGAAGCAGCUGGUGAGCCAGGCUGAAGAUGCAGCAUAAGAGAAUGGAACAGAAACGGUUCACGGAGUGCAGAUAAAACAUGAGUCCCAGAGGGCCCUAGCCAGAUGCAUCCUGGGCAAUCAGGAGCCUGGGAUUGGAGACCCCACCCCUGCCAUGACAUCACAGGGGAGUGGGGUGGAGACGAACAAAAAGGGGGUCCCCCACCCUGGCCCUGGACUCUUAGCAGCCCAGAGUGUCAAGAGCAGAGGAAGGCUGAGCCCUGGGCUAGGGUUGCCUGACUUAAAGGAACAGGCUCCCCAUUCCUCAAGACCCUCUAAGCUGCCCCCUCCAGGCCUCCAUCUCUUGUCUCCCCAUCCCUGUGACCUCUCCUCCUUGAGGCCACCAUCGGGUCUCUUCUGAGGGGUCACUGUCUCAGCAUGAACUGCAUCUCGGAUUUCUUCACCUACGAGACCACCAAGUCGGUGGUUGUGAAGAGCUGGACCAUCGGGAUCAUCAACCGAGCCGUUCAGCUGCUGAUCAUCUCCUACUUCGUGGGGUGGGUUUUCUUGCACGAGAAGGCAUACCAGGUGCGGGACACAGCCAUUGAGUCCUCGGUGGUGACCAAGGUGAAGGGCUUUGGACACUAUGCCAACCGAGUCAUGGACGUGUCUGAUUAUGUGACCCCACCCCAGGGCACCUCCGUGUUUGUCAUAAUCACAAAGAUGAUUGUAACCGAAAACCAGAUGCAAGGAUUCUGCCCAGAGAGCGAGGAGAAGUUCCGCUGUGUGUCAGACAGCCAGUGCCAGCCCGAGCGCUUCCCAGGGGUGGGGAUCCUCACGGGCCGCUGCGUGAACUACAGCUCUGAGCUCCGGACCUGUGAGAUCCAGGGCUGGUGCCCCGCCGAGGUGGACACGGUGGAGAUGCCUGUCAUGAUGGAAGCUGAGAACUUCACUAUUUUCAUCAAGAACAGCAUCCGCUUCCCCCUCUUCAACUUUGAGAAGGGAAACCUCCUUCCCAGCCUGACUGCCACCGACCUGAAGACAUGCCGCUUCCACCCCGACAAGGCCCCCUUCUGCCCCAUCUUGCGGGUGGGAGAUGUGGUCAAGUUCGCGGGGCAGAAUUUUGCCAAAUUGGCCAGCACGGGGGGAGUUCUGGGCAUUAAGAUCGGCUGGGUGUGCGACCUGGACAAGGCUUGGGACCAGUGCAUUCCCAAAUAUUCCUUCACCCGGCUCGACAGCGUUUCUGAGAAGAGCAGCGUCUCCCCAGGCUACAACUUCAGGUUUGCCAAGUACUACAAGACAGAGAACGGCAGUGAGUACCGCACGCUUCUGAAGGCUUUCGGCAUCCGCUUCGACGUGCUGGUGUAUGGAAAUGCUGGCAGGUUUGACAUCAUUCCCACGAUCAUCAGCUCCGUGGCAGCCUUCACCUCUGUGGGAGUGGGGACUGUCCUCUGCGACAUCAUCCUGCUAAACUUCCUCAAGGGGGCCGACCAGUACAAAGCCAAGAAGUUUGAGGAGGUGAAUGAGACCACGCUGAAGGUCAUGGCCUCGGCCAACCCCGUGUACCCCAGCGACCAGACCACAGAGGAGAAGCAGUCCACGGACUCAGGCGCCUACUCCAUUGGCCACUAGGGCCUCUUCUGUGGGCCCCACUCUCCCCCUUGGGCUCCAGGCCUCCCAACAGAGGGUCCCACCUGGGCAACGGGGAUGGGAGAGGGGAGAGGCUCUCAUUUUUGCUGCUCACUCCUUGAGGCCACAGCCGGGACCAGGUGUCUGGCCCUCCCACUGCUCUAGACACGUCCUGUUCCCACUAAGACCUCAGUCUCACCUUCACCCCUCGCCUCACCCCUCUGUGCUUCCCAGAACCCCCAGGGCAGUGGUAUGAGUCAUCCCCUUCUGAAGAGUAGAGCUAAUAAUAGGAAGAACUAGUGGCCACAAGGGCCUCCCAAAUGCCAGACACUUUCACACACAUUAUCUCAUUUAAUCCUUAGAAUAAUCCUACGAGGUAGAUAUUAGCUUCCCUAUUUUGAAGACACACUGAGGCUCAGAGAGACUGAGUCGUUUGCCCCAGGCCACCCAGCCAGGAAGCGAGAGAGCUGGGAUUUGGACCCACGUCUGCCUAACUCCACCGCCCACACCCCACAAGAGAAGAAUGAAGCCCCGGGGAGCGUCUGCCCUGCUGCUUCACCCUCCUCCACCUUGACUGUGAUUAGUUUCAGCUUAGUCAAGAGUAAGCCCCAUGCUGUCCCCAGGAACGCAGGCAGGCCCCGUUUUAGGGGAGACCAGUAGGACUGGGGUGUGGGGUCUCUCUCUGACUUGGGUGGGUCCCAAAUUCAGAAGGGAAUAGGAGGCGUAACGGUCAGUGAAUUCUUCCUUCCCUCUCCCCAGGCGAGAGAAGAGGCCUUUCUCAUUUUCUCUGGGACCCCCACGUGCUCAUACAUAUGCCAGGCCCCUCACUCUGGGAGCCCCAUUAGGCUCCCCCGGGGCGGGACGGGAUUCCCCAACCUGGUGCCCUGUUCCAGGAGAUCAGCAAGUCUCUUCCAACACGUUGACGGAAAGGUCCGGUGAGACCCAACGCCCGGCGAGCAGCCGGUCAGCA